AUGAAUGCAGCUGCUAUAGAAGUUAUCAACAAGUUGAAGAAAGAAGAUGAGAGCAACAACAAGUGUUUCGAUUGUGGAGUCCCCAACCCAGACUGGGUGUCAGUGAACCAUGGAGUGUUUCUCUGCAUUAACUGUUCAGGCGUUCAUAGAAGUUUGGGAGUACACAUAAGUAUAGUAAGGAGUAUAAAAAUGGAUAUAUUCACAGAUGAGCAAUUAAAAUAUUUGGACAAAGGAGGCAAUAAAAAAUUUCAAACAUAUUUAGAAAAUUAUGGAAUUAAUGAUUUUAUUCCUGAAAGAAAAUAUAGAACUAAAGCAGCUGAACAUUACAGAAAAAUUAUGAAAUCCAUUGUUCAUAAUUCUGACCCUCCUUCUCCAUUAUCGCUCGAUGAAGGCAAGGAUUUAAUUAAUUUUGGACAAAAUGAAAAUAUGAAGAAUGGAAGCGAAACGAACAAAAAUAGCAAAAAUAAUUUUUAUGCAGAUGAUCAGCCGAAUUUCAUACCCUCUCUGAACACCUCCGAAAUAUUGGAUAACGUGUCAGCUACAUUUUCCAAUAUUAUUAACAAAGCGCAAACCAUGACAACGAACACAAUAAAUAAUUUAAAUAAAAAUGACCUCAUCGAAACUACCAAAGAUACACUAAUGAAUAGCAGUAGCUGGAUUACUGAAAAGACAAAAAAAAUUGCAGAAAAUGUCAGUGAUAAUCCUUGGUGGGAAAAGGGCCAAAGCAAAAUAAAAGACGUGACGCAAAAUGCAAGUGGCUGGAUUUCAAGCAUCUCCUCAACCGUUUCCAGAACCAACAGCAAUUUCUUGUUUACGAACAGUGAGUUCGGUGCCACGGGCGGCCCCACUGGCACGGGAAGCGUAAGCACAAAUGCUAGUGCGGAGGGAGCACAGGGCGCUGCGCCUGCUGAUCAGGUCGCCAGCACAGCCAAUAGUGUCAACAAUGCCAACGCCGACGGGGCCAGUAAACCCAGUGCGGCCGAGAACAAUCCGACGUUCAGCUGA